AUGUUGGUCUCCCCUGAUCUAAUGAUGCAGCUGGGCCCACCUCCACAAGAAGUCAUUGACCAACAAUGGCUGUGGAAAUUGCUGAUGUUCGGCUUCACGGUCGUUCUUCUGCUUCAACUCUUUGCCAUGGACGUGGCAGGGGCCAUGCUGACAGCCUUGCUCUUGGCCUUCGGUUGGGUGAUGCUGAAAGAUGGCAUGUGUGAAAUGCCGAAGUAUGCCUUGAUCUAUGCCGUGCUUUGUGGAUUGAACUUCUUUUUCCAAAUCCUUCCUCUCUUUAGCGAGCUCAACGGACGCGUCACAAGGCGGAUCGAAGUGGCCUCGCCCCCAACCUUCGUGAAUGGGACGCAAAUGACCACGUACACCUUGGCGACCCAAACGACCAGCUUCUUCGAUUUUUCGCAGGGCCUCGCGUAUAACCGCGGGGCGCACAGUGGCGCGGGGCGCUCCACACGCACGGAGAUCAGCGAGAUGUUCGAAUUCGAUUUCGAGGAGUUGGAGGCUGGAGAGGUGCAGCAAGCGCAGCAGGCGAGUGCAAAGGCGAAGGUGGUUUCGCCCAAACCCUCUGCCAAAGAAGAAGAAGAAGGAAGGCGCUACGUGUCUGGCCCGCCGCCAGGAGAGAAGUGGCCGCCGCCCAAGGCCGAAGCCAAAGGUGACCAAGGUGCGAGGUGCAAAGAUGCCUCGACGCAGCGAGGUCCUAGCCCGCCGAGUGCGAGCAGCAAUCCCAGUGCCACUCCCAGCGCUGAAGCUCCGAGCAUGUCUCGUCACGAGCAGAGGAUCCGGCACUGGCUCCGGACCGCCGAGCAGUUGGUGCGGAUGUUGCAGGAGAUGCAGAGCAAGGAAUUUUUGGAGGGCAAGGGCUGGAUGGAAGGCAUGCAGCGUCUGAUUGAGGGGACGCCCAAAGACCAUGCCGGGAGGAAGUAUGGCUUGGACGAGUUCGCAGGUCCAUUGCUCAGAGACCACUUCAUCCAGUGGACGGCCGAUCAUUCUAGAGCUGUGAAUUUCCGGAAGAUCAUCCUGCGCAUGGAAAUGAAAGUGGUGGUGGCCACCAAGCACUUGGACUUGGGCUACGAUUGGACGCUGCGCAAGGGUUCCUUUGGCGCUGAGACGCGGAAGAUGGCGCAGCAGCUGGGGGCCACCGAGGAGCCGCCCUUCGAUGGCUUCAUGCACAUGAAGCGAGGCUUGCUCUUCGUGGGUUUGCCCUUGCGGCUCUACCUGGCCGACUCGCCCCACCUGUACGAGCUGGUGCGGCGCCUGCGGCGCCUCGAGCAGUUGGAGAAACCCGUGGAGGCCGAGAGCAUCCGGGCAGUCUUGGAUGCGGAGGACUUGCCCUACUCGGUGUUGGUCUAUGCCAUGUUGGCCGCCUUACAAGCCCUGCAUGCAGCCAGGCUGACUGGAAAACGUGCUGGCACAGGCGCUCAAGGCCUGGAUGCCUUUUGCGCCACCGCGCGCCGCAGCGAUGGUCUCGAGAUCUUUGAGGUCAAGGAGGUGGACGAGCAUUCCCCGCUGAUCUUCCGAGGCAUCUGGGUGCCCAAACGCAUCGAUGAACACAAGGCGUGCUACACCUGGAGCUUCAACUCCUUCUCCCGCAGCGUCGAAGGAGUGCUGUGGGUCUUGGAUUUCUAUGCGGUGGAGGCCACCGGCAACACCUCCGUUUCGCAACUGGCCUGGGGAGACUCCCACGUGCUGCUCUACGUGGCGCGCUUCGCUGCGGCCUCCAGCCGCUGGGCCUUCCCGGUGCAGUUCUUCAACUCGGGCAUGGCUGCGGACAUCGAGAAGGAACUGGUGGUGCUUCCCUUCGUCGAAUAUGAAUUCGAGUUCUUGCAAGGCUGCAUGUGGGAGGUUCGGAGUUCCAUGUCCGAAGCGGUGAAGUGGUGCUGCUUGCGGCAGAUCGAGCAACGCUGGAAGAUCUCCUUUGCCAAGGAUGCCCCACAACUGCUGGAGCUCCUCGAGGGGCGAGGAUGCAAGGCUUAUCCUGGCCUGAAUCGUCAAGUGAAGGUGACCGUUCGCUUCAUCAAAGCCAUCAAGCCGUGCAAACCCAUCUUCGAUCUCAUGGAAAAGGCACAUCGUCCACCAGAGGAGCUGAUGUUGGCCUUCCCGCCCAAGGACCCCGAGGCGGCGAAGGACGCGACGAGCAUUUUCGGCGCGGGCUACGCAGCGUUGAACGGCAUGGUGGAUCCGGGGCACGUGAAACCCUUGGGCACGUGGAUUCCAGGACAGAAGAUCGCUGCAGGCCUUUGA